AUGUAAUCAACGAUUUUGACGGUUAUUUCAAAACACACUCGUUUUCUCCGCCCCUAUUUCUUCUCUCUAUCAAAGCUCUUUAUUUGCUUCAUCUUUUUCUUCUUCUAACAAAUUCACACUGGAACCUAAAUUCUCUUCUCAUUCUUUGCAAACAAAAACAACCCAUAAGUUUCUUGAACCAAAAUGGCUUGUUCUGCAACUGCUAAAAUCGUCCAACCUCCUAUGUCCAUCAACUCCACCAGAUCUCCUGAUAAGUCUGAUACUUGUACUAAAUUACUAAGACCCUCCGCUUUUCUUGGAUCCAACAAGAAACUAUUUUCCAUUAGCAAAACUAUUUCGCCUUUCAGUCGCCGAUCAGCCACUGUUGUUGCUGUCUCCUCUGAUGUCAUCAAGAAGAAGAAGGUGGAAUCUAAUCCCAUCUCCAAUCUGUUGGUUACAAAGGAGGAGGGUUUGCUAUUGUAUGAGGAUAUGGUUCUAGGAAGAUCAUUUGAGGACAUGUGUGCCCAGAUGUAUUACAGAGGCAAAAUGUUCGGAUUUGUUCAUUUGUACAAUGGCCAAGAAGCUGUAUCAACUGGCUUCAUCAAGCUCUUGGGGAACAGAGAUUGUGUGGUUAGCACUUAUAGGGACCAUGUCCAUGCAUUGAGCAAAGGGGUCCCAGCUCGAGCCGUAAUGAGCGAGCUCUUUGGCAAGACCACCGGUUGCUGUAGAGGGCAGGGUGGCUCAAUGCACAUGUUCUCCAAAGAGCACAAUGUACUUGGGGGCUUUGCUUUCAUUGGUGAAGGAAUUCCUGUGGCUACAGGAGCUGCCUUCACUAGCAAGUACAGGAGGGAGGUUAUGAAGGAGGAUUGUGAUGAUGUGACGUUGGCAUUUUUCGGAGAUGGAACUUGUAACAAUGGUCAGUUCUACGAGUGCUUGAACAUGGCUGCACUGUGGAAGCUGCCCAUCGUGUUCAUUGUCGAGAACAAUUUGUGGGCAAUUGGAAUGUCCCAUUUGAGAGCCACUUCUGAUCCCCAAAUUUGGAAAAAGGGUCCAGCAUUUGGAAUGCCUGGGGUUCAUGUUGAUGGUAUGGAUGUGUUGAAGGUAAGGGAGGUCGCAAAGGAAGCUAUUACCAGAGCUAGAAGAGGUGAAGGUCCAACUUUGGUCGAAUGUGAGACCUACAGGUUCAGAGGACAUUCUUUGGCUGAUCCAGAUGAGCUCCGUGACCCUGCUGAGAAGGCUCACUAUGCUACCCGAGAUCCAAUUACUGCAUUAAAGAAGUACCUGUUGGAAAACAGUUUGGCAAGUGAAUCAGAAUUGAUUGCCAUAGAGAAGAAGAUUGAGGAGGUGGUUGAAGAUGCCGUUGAGUUUGCUGAUGAAAGCCCUGUUCCAGCUCGUAGUCAGCUUCUGGAAAACGUAUUUGCAGAUCCUAGGGGAUUUGGAAUUGGACCUGAUGGCAAGUACAGAUGUGAGGAUCCUAAAUUUACCGAAGGCACUGCUCAAGUCUAACCUCUUCUUUGGCUAGGAAACUUUGUGCACAAGAUGGCUUUCAGGUGUAAAGUAAAUUCAUUAUUGCAUUUGGUAGUGGUUACUGAUGGCAAGGACAAGCUUACUUAUAUAUAUACACACACUGUGUUAUUUCUUAUCUGAUGUCUUACUGUCAAGGCAUUCCAAAUUUCAAUUUUGAUAUCUAUAUUGUUUUAAGGCUUUUAACAUUUUUGUGAAUUGGAUAAUGUUUGGAAAGGCAAACCCAGACACUAAUAUCAUGUUCUCUUCAUGACGGUUUUAUCAUACAAUUUUGAAUACCAUAA